AUGGAACACGAACACAUCACUGUAAAACAUCCAAGGAAACAGAGAACUAUCAAAAGAAGAAUCGUCGACUCACUCAAGUUCUUCAGCCUCUGUGUCAACUUUUCCAUCUGCGAUUCCGGCUUUGGACUACGGUCUCGUUCAUUUCGUGGUGGUGGUGGUACCAGUUCUUGUCUCGACGAAUUUAGGCUCACAGAUCCAAGUGGGAUCUCAAUUGUUUUCCCGGGGAUGGUACUUGGAAUAAUCAGUGUUCGGUGUGGUGUCACAUCGCUACGAAUACUCCGCUGUUCAUCAUCAUCAGCGGAAUUCCGCGUAAAAGGAGCUGCCGCAUCCGUCGGUGAGAGGCGGCCGCUGCUAAAACACCAUAAAUCUGGCAUUUUUCAAGGAAUAAACAGAGCUUGGUAG